AUGUCUGAACAAGGAGAUCGUCUAAAGGAAUUUCAAGAUGCAAACAAAAUUGUAUUCGAUCCAAAUACCAGACAAGUAUGGGAGAACCAAAAUAAUAAUACUGGCACGAUAAAUGACACUAACGGUGGAAUAGCGAGUAAUACUACUGCCAAGAUAGAGGGACCCGAACCAGGGUCCAUGGAAGAAGCGCAACAACAGCAACUAGCGAAGCAAGAACAAGAGCAAGAGGAAGAGGACGAUAAUUCAGCUACAUCCGGGAUAGUACCAACAUUACAAAAUAUAGUUGCCACAGUUAAUUUAGGAUGUCGAUUAGAUUUGAAAACAGUAGCAUUGCAUGCUCGUAAUGCAGAAUAUAAUCCAAAACGUUUUGCAGCCGUCAUUAUGCGUAUUAGAGAACCUAAAACCACAGCUUUGAUUUUUGCAUCAGGUAAAAUGGUCGUUACUGGUGCCAAAAGUGAAGAUGAUUCCAAAUUAGCAAGUAGGAAAUAUGCACGAAUUAUUCAAAAGAUUGGGUUUGCGGCAAAAUUCACAGAUUUCAAAAUUCAAAAUAUUGUCGGGUCUUGUGAUGUUAAAUUCCCAAUACGUUUAGAAGGGCUGGCGUUUAGUCACGGAACCUUCUCAUCGUAUGAACCAGAAUUGUUUCCAGGUUUAAUUUAUAGAAUGGUGAAACCAAAGAUCGUGUUGUUAAUCUUCGUAUCGGGGAAGAUUGUUCUAACUGGGGCUAAACAAAGAGAAGAAAUUUAUCAAGCGUUUGAAGCUAUUUAUCCUGUGCUGAGUGAAUUUAGGAAAAUGUAA